UCAUUCAGAUCAGGAGCAAAGCCCUAUCCAGCCAACAGGGAACCAACGAGCGAGCGGGAUAAGCCAAGGUCCCUGUGCAGGAGCAGCAGCAACGUAAAGGGGGGGAAAAGCAAGGGAACCAAACUUUGCAGACCCUUUUGAGAACUAAAGAGACUCGGUUCCUUGCGGUCUGUUCUCCCUCGCACGCUCGCCAUGAAGCUUGUGGGACUCCCCUGCAACUCGAAACAAGCCCGGAAUGGACAGAGUUGAGAUUCGUUCCCCUGAAAAAGAAGGGGAAGCUCUGGAGAGAAAGGGAGCGGGGAGGACUGCCACUGAACACCCAGGCUACCGGACUGCACUUUCUUCUCCCAAAUCCAUCCACCGAGCUCGACCUCUUUGAACUCGGUCACCAUGACAUCUCCUGGCUUCUGGGACCUGUGGGCUUUGACGGGCUGUGGAAUGUUCCUGCUCGUCCACGGACAACAUUCCCAGGGAGACAACGGACGCUGGAGGCAAAUGAUUCAGUGGGAGAACAACGGCAGGGUGUACAGCCUCCUGAACACGGGCUCGGAGUACGUGCCCGCAAGUCACGUGCGAGCAGACAGCAGUGCCAGGGUCCUGCUAGCGGACACCGCCACGGGCCAAGGUAGACGAUCCCAAGGGAACACCAGGCGGCAGGCUCCCAGUUUGCCGGUCAGAGCCAGUUCAGAGACCAUCCGGGGACACACGCGGCAUCCGUUUGGCUUCGGACAAGUCCCGGACAACUGGAGGGACGGACCCACUGGAGACAGUAGCGCCAAUUCCCAGCGGCCCCGGUCGCCCACCGUUCGGCAGCGACAGGCCGGAGCUGCUUCCUCCUCUUCUGCCUUUGCCUCCUACGGACAGGUCUACCCGCAGGCCUCGUACCCUCAGCCGCCUUACGCCAACCAGUACGAGAGCUAUGACCCCCAGGUGCCCCGCGCCUAUGACGAGAGCUACACCUACUAUCGGAGCACGGGAGCCGGGGGGAGUGCCGUGGCUUCCGCCGCGGCCAGUGCUGGGGUUGUGUACCCCUUCCAGCCCAGGGCGAGGUACGAGGAGUACGCAGAAGAUCAGAAUCCUUAUAGGGCCCAAGGGUACUACCCCGUUCAGGAGAGAUCCUAUGUGCAGGUACCCCAACAGGUUCAGCCCUCUGAUGGCCUAGACAGGAGGUACUCCCACAGUCUCUAUCAUGACACUGGAACUAGCUAUGACCAAAAUGUCCCCCAGGAGCCUUAUCCCUCCACCCAGAACCAACCAGCAGUGGGCCAAGGGGUCCCUGUGGCAGACAACUUGCAUCUCAACUCUGGAUCUCCUCUGGGUACCGGCACUCAAUACGGGAAUGAGCCAUGGGUGGGGCAAUAUCCCCCUUUUGGAGAGGCACCGGCGGAACCCUACGUCCCUCCUCGCAACGUGGAACCUCAGCCGCCUUUCCGGCCCUUAGACCCCCAAGGGGUCCCUAGGCCCGAACCCUACCUUCCUAUCAGGAAUGCUGAGCCUCCCCAACUGAUUCCAGACAACCAAGGUGGUAACCAAGCGCGGGUCAGUGUGGGCAGCAUCUACAGACCCAAUCAGAACGGACGGGGCCUCCCGGAUCUUGUGCCCGAUCCAAACUACGUCCAGGCUUCCACUUACGUCCAGAGAGCUCACCUCUACUCCCUCCGUUGUGCCGCCGAGGAAAAAUGCCUUGCAAGCACGGCCUAUACCCCCGAAGCAACAGACUACGACGUCCGAGUGCUGCUACGCUUCCCCCAGCGCGUGAAGAACCAGGGCACGGCGGACUUCCUGCCCAACCGGGCUCGGCAUACCUGGGAGUGGCACAGCUGCCAUCAGCAUUACCACAGCAUGGAUGAGUUCAGCCACUACGACCUGCUGGAUGCGGCCACCGGCAAGAAGGUGGCGGAAGGCCACAAGGCCAGCUUCUGCCUGGAGGACACCACCUGCGACUUCGGAAACCUCAAGCGCUACGCCUGCACGUCACACACGCAGGGUCUGAGCCCCGGUUGCUACGACACGUAUAACGCGGACAUCGACUGCCAGUGGAUCGAUAUCACAGACGUGCAGCCAGGGAACUACAUCCUAAAGGUUCAGGUGAACCCCAAAUACAUCGUGAUGGAGUCGGACUUCACCAACAACGUGGUGAGAUGCAACAUCCACUACACCGGGCGCUACGUGGCCACUACCAACUGCAAAAUCUCCCAGUAA